AUGAAGGCAGAGCGGCUUCAGCAGGUGCUUGUGAGUCUCAAGUUCUUGCUACUCCUUGCUGUCUUAGGGAGUCACGCUUCAGAGUUCUUCUCUGAAUGGCAAAUUUGGAAGAAUGAGCAACACGUUAGUAAGCCAUUACCUGGAAGUCAAGAGAUUCGAACGUAUAUGCAUGCUGUUAUGGUGCCGAAUUAUUCAAAUAUGUCCUCUGGAAGAUCGAGUGUUGAAAAAAGCGCAUGGUUCGAGCUUGCUGACAACGACCUGCGAGAAAUAAGCCGCCUCAUACAGAGUCACGACGAGCAAGCCUUCUCUACCGGUUUGGAGCGACUGGAAUAUAGAGUAGCCCAAUCGCAGCAAGCAAGUCAGAGUCUACAGGACCCGUCUUACCGGGCCCCCAAGUGGCAGUUGAAGCAGUGGCAAGAGCAGGUCAGGAAAGGGCCCCCAGUCUUGACUGGAAUAGCAAAACAUCUGAAGGACCCUUCACGUCGUCCGCACGCAAUGCAAAUGCUAGCGAACAUCUGCGAUGACCGUUUCUCGGCGAAAACUUUCAAACCCCCGGUACCAGUCCAGCAAACAAACACCUCUCCCCAAGGCAGAUCUUCAAGAGAAUCGAAGCCUGCUAAGCCUUUAGCAGUAGCCGUUGUUCCUCAGGUUCAAGUCAGAGCACACCUUCAAGGCAAAGAAUUUGGACUGGGCUACGACCCUGGGGAGUACGUGGAGGAAUUUGUCACCCCAGCCAACAUGUUCGCGCCAUCUGUUGUGCCCCUGACUGCAUCUAAGCGAGUGGGAGCGAAGACGCCCUCUAGUGGGAUUUAA